UAUGUGUACUAUUCAUUCUCCCUGUGUACUCAGACUACUGACUUCCUGUUCUGUGCGCUUGUGUUCCCUACCCAGCAGCAACAGUAACCGGCUCCCAGCUUCCCGCAGAGCCGAGCCGGAGCGCAUCGCUUCGGGGAGAAGAUGGCCUCUGUUUGCUCCAGGCAGCAGAGCUGGGUGUUUCAGUGAAUCCUGGCGGGUGUUGGGUUUCCUCACAGGGCUUUCCUCCCCUGACGAUGAGAAGGAUCCCCGCAGCAGCGCUCUCCCUCACACUACUCCAGGACAGCCCGCACUGUCUGCGUGAUGCAGCCCGGAGUCCGAGAGUUAACGUCCUGCUACCAGGAGGACUUCCAACGUUGGACUCUUUGCAUUUAUCCACUGGUGCUGCAAUGAUCCGAGGGCUGUAAAGUAAGACAAACGGUAGCAGAAGUCAUCUCAUUUGUCGCUGGCAUGAUGGCCAAUCUCAGUGAGCUACAAAGUGACACAGACAGGCUGUCAGUGCUCCAGCAGCUCGGUCUGGACCAAAACUCAGACUUUUCAGACUCCAGUGUGCAGCAGCGGCUGGAUGAGCACCGCGAGAAGAUCCGCAGAGAGAUCCGCAAGGAGCUGAAGAUCAAGGAGGGUGCAGAGAAUCUGCGCAGGGCCACUACCGACAAGAGGAAUGCCCAGCAGGUGGACUCACAGCUCCGCAGCUCCAAGCGGAAGCUUGAGUCACUCCAGGCUCAGCUCCAAGAGCUGGAUGCUCACAUUGUGGUCAAAGGCCAUGAAGAAAACAAAGAUUCAAAUAAGUCUCCAGGACCCGUCAACCAGACGUCCACCAAUCAGCGCCGCAUAGCUGCUUUGGAGCGGCAGCUGAACAUUGAGCUGAAAGUCAAACAGGGAGCAGAGAACAUGAUUCCAAUAUAUUCCAGUGGCGGUACCAAGGACAAGAAGCUUCUCCAGACAGCUCAGCAGAUGCUGCAGGACAGCAAGACAAAGAUCGACAUCAUCCGCAUGCAGAUCCGAAAGGCCAUGCAGGCAACGGAGCAGUCUGAGGACAACCAAAGUAAGCCGGACCUGUGUGGGGCGGAGCUGCGUGUGGAGGAGCUGUGGCAUCACUACCGUGUGGAGCACGCCAUGGCUGAGGGAGCCAAGAACAUGAUGCGACUGCUGGGUGCGGGAAAGGUCCAAGACAAGAAGGCCAUUGCUGAGGCUCAGUGUGGUUUGAGCGGCUCGUCCCAGCGUCUGGACCUGCUCCGAUGCUCUCUGGAACAAAGACUGCUGGAGCUGCCUGAGGAUCAUCCCAAAGCCUGCCUCAUCAAAGAGGAGCUAGUGCUGGCCUCCUCCUCAGCUUUCAGCUCCCGUCACAGCACCCCAUAUGUCCAUAACCAGUACAGCACCCUGAUCAAACCAUCACCCCUUACAGGCAGUCUUCAGGUUCGUCUUCUGGGCUGUGUGGGACUUCUGGAGGUCGUCCCAGGGAGAAAUAGAGGGACCCCUGUCGUUCUGCCUUCUUACUCCACACCAGAUGGACGCUCCUCAUUCAAACUGAGCGGCCUCUACAGCCGGAGCACCAGCAGCAUGAGCCUCAAGAUCCCCAGUAAGAACGAGGACCUCUCGUCGGAAGUGAGUGCCGUGCUGAAGCUGGAGAACACAGUGGUGGGUCAGACAGCUUGGAGAACAGUUGGAGAGCAGGCCUGGGACCAGACCUUCACUUUAGAGCUGGAAAGAUCCAGGGAGAUGGAGAUCGCUGUGUACUGGAGAGAUUAUCGCUCCCUGUGUGCUCUGAAGUACCUGAAGCUGGAGGAUUUCCUGGACAACCAAAGACACCAAGUCCAGCUGGAACUGGAGCCACAGGGGCUGCUGCUGGCUGAGGUGACCUUCUUCAAUCCAGUCAUAGAGAGAGGCCGAAGACUCCAGAGGCAGAAGAAAGUCUUUUCUAAGCAGCACGGUAAAGCUUUCCUGCGGGCCCGUCAGAUGAACGUGGACAUCGCUACCUGGGUUCGCCUGCUGAGGAACGUCAUCCCGAGCGGAAGCAGCGCGCCCAGUUUCACAAGCAGCCCGCUCACAACCAGUGCAGGGGAAAUCUCAGUGGAGAAGCUAAACCUGGAAACUGACCAUCUGGUAAAACCUGAAGUCAAGACAGAUGUAGUGGACUCACCUGCUCCCGUGGAACAGACGCCGGUCAUUGAGCCUCCGUCCAAACCAGAAGUCCCUGUUCAGGAGACGCCAAUCAGAUCACAAUCCCACAACUCUUUAAGCAGGCCCAGCAAAGGACCUCUUUCCCUGCAGGACUUCAAGCUGAUCGCUGUUCUCGGCAGGGGCCACUUCGGGAAGGUGCUGCUAUCGGAGUACAAAAAAACAGGCAGCCAGUACGCCAUCAAAGCCCUGAAGAAAGGAGACAUCGUCGCGCGUGAUGAAGUGGAGAGUCUGAUGUGUGAGAAGCGGAUCUUUGAGAUCGUCAACGGCUCCCACCAUCCCUUCCUGGUCAACCUGUUUGCAUGCUUCCAGACGCCAGAACAUGUGUGUUUUGUCAUGGAGUACACGGCAGGAGGAGACCUCAUGAUGCACAUACAUGCAGACGUCUUUUCUGAGCAACGUGCUGUGUUCUACUCUGCCUGUGUGGUCUUGGGUCUUCAGUUUCUUCAUGACCACAAGAUUGUGUAUCGGGAUCUUAAACUGGACAACCUGCUGCUGGACACUGAGGGUUAUGUUAAAAUAGCUGACUUUGGGCUUUGUAAAGAAGGCAUGGGUUAUGGAGACAGGACCAGCACAUUCUGUGGGACUCCUGAGUUUUUGGCCCCAGAGGUGCUCACAGACACAUCGUACACCAGGGCAGUCGACUGGUGGGGCCUCGGGGUGCUCGUGUAUGAGAUGCUGGUGGGAGAGUCUCCUUUCCCAGGUGAUGAUGAAGAGGAGGUUUUUGACAGCAUAGUGAACGAUGAAGUCCGCUACCCGCGCUUCCUCACCACUGAGGCCAUCGGCAUCAUGAGACGGCUGUUGAGAAGAAAUCCCGAAAGACGUCUCGGUUCUGGAGAAAAGGAUGCCGAAGAGGUCAAAAAGCAGCCAUUUUUCAGGGUAAUGGACUGGGAGGCACUCCUGCAGAGAAAAGUCCCGCCCCCGUUCGUUCCCAACAUAGUGGGGAAAGAAGACGUCAGCAACUUCGACGAGGAGUUCACCAACGAGCCUCCCGCCCUCACGCCGCCCCGCGAGCGCCGAGCCCUCUCCCGUAGGGAGCAAGAUUACUUUAAGGAUUUUGACUACGUCUCUGACCUCUGCUAGGCUCCGCGGUCAGAGGUCAAAGGGUUAUUAGCUCCCCACUGCCAGCCACAGACUCUGAGAGGAGACUGAGAAGUGAAAGGCUGCUGUAAAAGCACAGAGGAACUUGAUGUUGAUGAGAAGCGAGGAGGACUCUCUUCUCCGCGUGCUCACGGUGAGACGAAGCACUGGCCGGGCCGAGCGUCAAUGAUUACGCGUUCCAAACACAGGCAGUAACAAACAGACUGUCUUGAGGGUGGGGGGGUGGGGAGGUCACGAGAAGAACUGAAGAUAAUCCAGGUUAUCAGAUCCUGCUGUUUGUUUGAAAUGCUCACAGAGCCUCAAAAUCACAAAGAGUGAAAAAAAUGUGAUGAUUCUGACAGGAAGCGCUCUUUUUUUCCUGCAUUUGCUACACUCUGUCGUCCCUUUAUCUCUGCUGUCUGUUGCUGCUACAGUGUGUGUUUAGCCAUGUGCACUGUCCUCUGCCUCAGUCAUGAAUGUAUCCACGUGAUCCGCAAUCAUGCACCACCCGUACAUUACCACCCGGGGGAGCCAGAGGAAAGAGGGGCUCUCUUCUUUUGAUUAAGCCAAAGAAAGGCAGGAGCAAGUGGAGGGUCUUGCUCAGUCGUCUUUGUGUUGCGUUCCCACCGACUUUUGGUACAACACAGAUUUUUGACUCCAAUCGUUUUUCAGAGACAGGAAGCUUUUACAAUUUUUGUGAUUUUAAAGUUUAGUUUUUCCCUCAUCUGUGUUUCUUCCUCUGUCAUUUGCUGGUGAAAUGUGUUGACUCAGUAAAAAUGUGAACCCAAA